AUGGGAGCUCAAUUCAGAACUCUUGAACGUGAAAAACGUUUCCAGAAUCCUCCCAAGGAUAAAUCUGCAUAUCCAUUAUUGGCAGAUGCCGUUGCACCUCAUGUUGGUUCUUUUAAUGCUUUAACUGAAGGAGAAGAUGGAGGUUUAUUGAAUUUAGCUGUGAAGGACAUUGGAACCAAAACUAUUUUUGAUUCCAGUGAUACCGACAGAUUAGGAAAUAAGUUGAAGAUCAGGGUUGAAUCAGUUCAAUUAGCCAAACCUGCUGUUUCUGCAAAGGAUAAAAUCUCUCUUAAUAGAAGAACUUAUCCAUCAGAAUGUAGGGAAAGAAUGUCCAGUUACAGAUCAAGAUUAAUGCUUAAGGUUACCUGGAGCGUUAAUGACGGUGAAGAAAUUUCAGAAAUCAGAGAAGCUGGUCAAGUUCCAAUUAUGGUUAAAACUAAUAGAUGUCAUUUAGAAAAAUUAUCACCAAAUGAAUUAGUUCAACAAAAGGAAGAAUCCGAUGAAUUGGGUGGUUACUUCAUUGUCAAUGGUAUUGAAAAAAUCAUCAGAAUGUUGAUUGUUCAACGUAGAAAUCAUCCCAUGGCUAUCAUUCGUCCUUCUUUUGCUAACAGAGGUGCAUCUUAUACUAAAUAUGGUAUUCAAAUAAGAUGUGUCAGACCAGAUCAAACUUCUCAAACUAACGUUUUACAUUAUUUAAAUGAUGGUAAUGUUACUUUCAGAUUUUCUUGGAGAAAAAAUGAAUAUUUAAUCCCAGUCAUGAUGAUUUUGAAAGCUUUAGUAGAAACUAAUGAUCGUGAAAUUUUUGACGGUAUUAUUGGUGCUGAUACCUCUAAUUCUUUCUUAACCGAUCGUUUGGAAUUAUUAUUAAGAACUUAUAAAGCUUAUAACUUAUACUCUAAACAAGAAACCUUAGCUUAUUUGGGUGAUAAAUUCAGAGUUGUUUUUGGUGCCACUCCAGAUGUUUCAGAUAUCGAAGUUGGUGAAGAAGUUAUUAGAAGAAUUGUUUUGGUUCAUUUGCCAAAUAACGUUGAUAAAUUCAGAAUGUUAUUAUUCAUGGUUAGAAAAUUAUACUCAUUAGUUGCGGGUGAUUGUUGUCCUGAUAAUCCUGAUGCUACUCAACAUCAAGAAGUUUUAUUAGGUGGUUUCUUAUACGGUAUGAUCCUUAAAGAAAAAAUUGAUGAAUAUUUACAAAACUUCAAAGCACAAGUUCAAUCUGAUAUAGACCGUGGUAUUGCCGUUAAUUUCCACGAAAGAAAAUAUAUGACCAGAGUCUUUUUAAGAAUCAAUGAAAAUAUUGGUCAGAAAUUGCAAUACUUCUUAUCCACUGGUAAUUUGGUUUCUCAAUCUGGUCUUGAUUUACAACAAGUUUCUGGUUAUACUGUCGUUGCUGAAAAAAUUAACUUCUAUAGAUUCAUUUCUCAUUUCAGAAUGGUUCAUAGAGGUUCUUUCUUCGCUGAAUUGAAGACUACUACAGUUAGAAAAUUAUUACCUGAAUCUUGGGGUUUCUUAUGUCCUGUCCAUACUCCUGAUGGUUCUCCUUGUGGUUUAUUAAACCAUUUAGCUCAUAAAUGUAAAAUCGCUACUAAAGCUUCAGAUGUUUCUCAAGUUCCUGCUGCUUUGGCCAAAUUGGGUGUCUCUCCAAGUCAUAGUUUUGCUGCCGGUCCUGAUGUUUGUUGUGUUCAAUUAGAUGGUAAAAUCGUUGGUUGGACCACUCAUGAACAAGGUAGAAUUGUUGCUGAUACCCUUAGAUAUUGGAAAGUUGAAGGAGUCAAUGGUCUUCCCUUGGAUCUUGAAAUAGGUUACGUUCCUCCUUCUAAUAAAGGUCAAUAUCCAGGUCUUUACAUUUUUGGUGGUCAUUCGAGAAUGAUGAGACCUACUAAGUAUUUACCUACCAGUAAAACCGAUAUUUUAGGUCCAUUUGAACAAGUCUAUAUGGAUGUUGCUGUCACUCCAGCUGAAAUCCAAAAGGGUAUUCACAGUCAUGUUGAAUUCUCUCCAACUAAUAUUUUAUCCAUCUUAGCUAACUUAACUCCAUUUUCUGAUUUUAACCAAUCCCCAAGAAAUAUGUACCAAUGUCAAAUGGCUAAACAAACUAUGGGUACUCCUGGUGUCGCCUUAUGUCAUAGAUCUGAUAAUAAAUUAUAUAGAUUACAAACUGGUCAAACUCCGAUCGUUAAAGCCAAUUUAUAUGAUGAUUAUGGUAUGGAUAAUUUCCCUAAUGGUAUGAAUGCUGUUGUUGCUGUCAUUUCUUAUACUGGUUAUGAUAUGGAUGAUGCGAUGAUUAUCAAUAAAUCCGCCGAUGAAAGAGGAUUUGGUUAUGGUACUGUCUACAAAGUUGAAAAAGUUGAUUUAGGUCAAUCAAGAAGAAAAUUAGAUCCAAUCAUCCAACACUUUGGUUUUGGUGUUGAUGAAUGGCCAGAAUCUUGGAGGGAAAAAUUGGAUGCUGAUGGGUUCCCAUUAAUUGGUGUCAAAGUUGAAGAAGGUGAUCCUGUCUGCGCUUAUUAUGAUGAUACUUUGGGUAAAACUAAAGUGAAGACUUAUCAUUCCAGUGAACCAGCCUAUAUUGAAGAAGUUAAAUUAUUAGGUGAUGACCUGGGUGAUCAAGAAUGUCAACAGAUAACAAUUAAAUAUAGAAUCACUAGACAACCAUUAAUUGGUGAUAAAUUUUCAUCUAGACAUGGUCAAAAGGGUGUUUGCUCUCGUAAAUGGCCUCAAAUUGAUAUGCCAUUUUCUGAAACUGGUAUUCAACCUGAUGUUAUCAUUAAUCCUCAUGCUUUCCCAUCUCGUAUGACUAUUGGUAUGUUCGUUGAAUCGCUUGCUGGUAAGGCUGGUGCUUUACAUGGUAUUGCUCAAGACUCAACUCCAUGGAAAUUCAAUGAAGAUGAUACUCCUGCUGAUUUCUUCGGUGAACAAUUAAAAGAAGCCGGUUAUAAUUACCAUGGUAAUGAACCAAUGUACUCUGGUGCUACCGGUGAAGAAUUGAGAGCAGAUAUUUAUAUUGGAUGUGUUUACUAUCAAAGAUUGAGACAUAUGGUUAAUGAUAAGUUCCAAGUUAGAUCUACCGGUCCAGUCAACUCAUUGACCAUGCAACCUGUUAAAGGUCGUAAAAGAUCUGGUGGUAUUCGUGUUGGUGAAAUGGAAAGAGAUGCUUUAAUCGGUCAUGGUACUGCUUUCUUGUUACAAGAUAGAUUAUUAAAUUGUUCUGAUUAUACUCAAACUUCUCUUUGUCGCUCGUGUGGCUCUUUAUUGAACACUCAAACUUCAGUCCCAAGAGUUGGUUCCAUUGCUACUACCAGAUGUAGAAGAUGUUCUACCAAAUUAGAAAUGCAUAGCCAACAAGGUGAAUAUGUUAAUGAAUCCGAAAUUUGGGAAGAUGGUCAAGGAAAGAAAUUUGUUGGUGGUGAUGAUACUACCACAGUUGCUAUUCCAUUCGUCUUGAAAUAUUUGGAUUCUGAAUUGGCCGCUAUGGGUAUUAAGAUGCGUUAUAACGUUGAUCCACGUUAAUGAUUACUUCUUCUGAUUACUUGGUUUUCUUGUCAUAUUUCUUUUUCAUUUACUUUUUGUUAUUCAUUUUCUUUCUACUUUUUAAUUUGCAUUCCUUAGUUUCAACCUUUUCAAGUUGCUAUCUCUUAAUUUCAUAUUCUUGUAUUUUACAAUCACAUAUUAAGUUAUACUU